AUGUCUGCAACAGAAAAGCCACUGGGCCCGCACUGCUUCACCUUUGGAGAUGGCCUCGACCUGCAAGUGCACUGUCGGCGCCUGCCCGCCGAAGUCGCCCGCGUGACGCAGACCCUGCAACUGGAUGUCGAGGAGCUGUUCGCCAACCUGCUGGAUUGGGACAGCGGGCCGCUGGCGGCGGAAGCGGCGGCAGGCGGUGCUGGCGAGCAGCAGCAGUCGCCGGCGCAGCAGCAGCAGCAGCAGCAGCAGCAGCAGCAGCAGCAGCCCGACUCCAAGAAGCUGUGCGGCAACGUGGCCGCCAACCAGCCCGACCUGAUUGGGCUGGAUGUGUGGCCAGCGGCGAUAGCGCUCUGCGAGUACCUGGCACGACGGCCGCAGCUGGUGGCGGGCGCCUAUGUGUGCGAGCUGGGCGCAGGAAUGGGCCUGCCGGGCCUGCUGUGCGCCAAGCUGGGUGCCUCCCAGGUGCUGCUCACCGAUUACGAGCCCGUUGUGGUUGACCACCUGCGGCGCAACGCAGAGCAGAACGGGGUGGCGCCGCGGUGCAGCUUCCUGGCGCUCGACUGGUUCGACCGCGCCCCGCUGGCGCCAGCUCAGCGCCACGCGUACCACCUCCUCCUCCUGGCAGACGUCAUCUACGCCGCGGCAGUGGUGCAGCCGCUGGUGGCCACGCUGCGGGCGCUGCUCACGCCCGACAGCGGAGUGGCGCUGGUGGCGCACCGCAUCCGCCGGCCCCUCAUCUUUGAUAGAGUGGACAAGAUCGCCAGGCUGCAGGAGCAAGACGAGAUCUUUGAGGAGUUCAAGGGGGCCUGCCAGGCAGCCGGCCUACACCUGCGCUUCCUCAGCGACGGCCCUGCAGCGCUGGCGGGCGAGGAGCCGCUGCUGCUGGCCAUAGGGCCCAGCCCGCACCACCUGCAGCGCUUCCCUGCGCUGGCGCAGCAGGCUGCAGGCGCGGGAGGGGCGGGGGAGGGGAGCGGCGGCGUGCAGGGCGGCAGCACAGCAGCAGCAGCAGCAGCAGCAGCAGCACUAGCGACAGGUGCUGUGGAGGAUUCAUAGUGAAUGCUGUGUACUGUUGGCCGGUGAUCCUCUGGGAGCUGCCAGCAAGGCAUGUAAGCUCCACCUGGC